AUGGCGGCACCUCACGCACCGGGGCCGCCUCCAGGCCCCUUGGCCUCUUCCUCGUCUGUCUCACGUGCGACAAGUUCGAGCAGUAUCCUCUCUCCCAAUCACCCGACGAACCUACGCAAGCAAGCAAAAGCCUCUCUCGAUCCCUCAUUCUCAGUACGCUCUUACCUAGGAGCAGCUGCCGCUCUCCUUGAGAAAGCAGAGUCGAGCGAUCGCCAGGGGCAUUUGGAGCAGGCCUUUGUCAACUACCUCAAGGCAGCCAAUGUUGCCGCUUUCAUCACAAAGCAUCCAGAAUGGCCAACAGUUCAGGCGCAGCGUGGUCCCUCGUACUUUCGGUAUCAGGAUUUCAUGCAGAGGAUCACAGAUGUGAUCAGUAGGGCGACGAGGAUUGAGGCCACGCUCAAGGAGAGGGAAGAGCGCAAUGCCAAGCUACAGGAACAGCAGAGGAGAGCGUCUACUUCUGCAGCAGCAGCAGCAGCUGUGUCAGUGGAGAAGCAGAACGAGGCUCCGCCAUCAGAGGUACCACCGCCGCCUGCUGAACCUGGCCCGGCGAAACAGCUGCGCACCACCACCUCGGAUCAGGGGGACGCAGCUGCUGCUCUGGCUAGUGCGAGCAUCGUCCUUCCUCGGGAGCAUGCCUCUGAUUCUCGCCCUGGCUCUGGGUCAGCAACACCGCAGCUGCAGGGCAGCAGCGCUGAAUCAGGUGAAGCGGCAGAUCAGGUCUCUAGCUUGUCCAGUCGCCUGGCUGCCCUCAGGACAGCAGGCGUAGGCGGUGUACCCAUGGGAAAGCGCCUCAGUGAGCCUAUUGGCUCCUCAAGAUCCACAAUACCCGAGGAGCAGCAGCACUCAGGAGAUGCGUCAAUACCCACCGCCUCCGAGUUCUCGGAUACGUACCCUAGCCUCGACGACUUUGAUAAGAAGAUCCCCUCGCCUCUCCCCUCUGCGCCCACAUCCGAGCCCACGACACAGGACGAGGGUGGUGCCUUCCCUACGACACCAUCGCAUGCGCCGGGAACCUCACGCAGGCCGCUGCCCAACCCACCUGCCCCUCCGACUGAUCUGGCAUUAGGGAGGGACGUGCCCAAGCCCUUCAGCGUGAGCUCCUCAUCAGGCGACUCCCCACAGAAGCAGCAGAGCAGCGGCAGUAGCAGCAGUGGCAUCAGCAGCGGGAUGACCCCCUCCUCCUCACGCCAAUCCAUCAUCGCGGCUCAAAAUCGCCCAGCGGCCCUCAUUCCUGGCUCACCGAGAGGAGCAGCUGCUCCCCGCGCACGCCCGCCGAUUCCCGCACCUCCUGCAGGCAGUGCGCCAGAGACUGUUGGCUCCAAGCCAUCUUUGCCCCGCGGCAACCACAUCAAAGUCGAAGAGCUCUGGUCCCUACUCAAUCCCGGCUUCGAGCGCGUCAGUGCAGCAGGCGAAGACUCCACCGGCUCCAGCAGCGAGUCAAGCCGAAUGGUCCGCAAAAGAGGCCUAGACAUCCUGCUCCUCGACCUGCGAUCCCGCGACGAAUACGAAGCAGGCCGCGUAGCCCGUGGCUCGCCGAGUGCGGACUCUGUCUGUCUAGAAGGAGGCGUCACUUUGAAGCGGGGCAUGACCUCCGCCGAUCUGGAGGACAAGCUCCUUCUCGCCCCACCAGGUGAGCAGACUGCUUUCGCCAAUCGACACAGGUACGAUGCUGUCGUUCUCUACGACCGAAGUUCCCGCCUGCUCGGGGCACCAAACCCGAGCCAGCCGCAACUGAGCGGGUGGCAGACCUACGACGAGGCGCUGCUGGCUUUUGAGAGGCUGGAUACCGUGGUGAAGGCGAUCUAUGAGCAUGAGUUUAACAAGACUCUGAAGGUGGCCCCCUUCUUGCUCGUUGGGGGCUGGGAGAGUUGGAAUAUCAAGGUGGAGCAUAGGGGUGCUGGCGCAGCUGCAGGAGGAGCAGCAGCAGCGGUCAAUGGAUCAGCGACGAGGGCGUCGAGAAGCGGCAGCGUCAAUGGCGGGGCGUCACCUGAGCUCGGGAGGCGAUAUGGCGACGAGGAGCUGCUCAAGAAGCAGAGGAGGCAGGGAUUUGUCAUGCCACCUUCUUCACCUGCUCCCUCGAGCUCUGCGGCAGGCUGGUCCUCGUCAGGGUACAAUGCACCUUCCAUGCCGGCCAAGACGUAUCAGUCGCCCGGUACGCCCAGCAGCAGCGGCGUGCCACCACCUGGGGCUCCUGGCUUUCCCCCAAGCGCAGCAGGUAGUAGCUCCGCAGCUUCGGCAAGCACGUCGGCCGGGCAGCCGGGCUACUUCCCGAACCAGCCCUCGAUACCCUACGGCGAGCCGCCUAAUCACUUGCAGCAGCAGCAGCACUAUCAGCAUCACCCUGUGGCCCAACGUCCUCCUUCCUCAUCAGGUCGCACCUCCUUCGACUACCCGCAGCUGCGCCCUCACGCCUCAUCGGCCGGCCAAACAGGCGCCCCGCAGCUACCUCCCGCAGCCGUAAGCUCUAAUGGCGUCUCCAACCGAAGCAUGACCACCUCGGCCACAGCCAUGGAUCCUCACCACCCACACCCGCAGCAACGCCCCCCUUCGGGCGCAAUGAGCGCUGGCGGGUCGCGCAUGGCUGUCCGUCCCCUUCCAUCCUUCGACUCCCUCCGCAUCGGCCUCACAGGCCUCAAGAAUGUGGGCAACUCCUGCUAUCAAAACGCAACAUUGCAAUGCCUCUCUGCUACCAUACCACUCGCCAAGUUCAUGCUCGACGGUUCAUACCGACGCGAUAUCAAUGCAGUCAACCCGCUGGGCACGCAAGGCGCACUCGCGGAGGCCUUUGCGCAUCUCGUGAAGGUGCUUUGGAGUGAGCAGUACACCUUCGUCAGCCCGGUGACCUUCAGGGAGCAAAUUAGCCGAUUCGCGCCGAGCUUCAGAGGGUUUGAGCAGCAUGACAGUCAAGAAUUCCUCGCCUUCCUCAUGGAUGGGCUCCACGAGGACCUGAACCGCGUCGUGCACAAGCCGCCGCCUGUGGACAUGACACCGCAGCGUGAGGAGGAGUUGGAGACUCUGCCGCAGCAGGUCGCGAGUGUCAAGGAGUGGACCAUCUAUCGGCAGAGGAAUGAUUCCGUCAUCGUGGACUGGUUCCAAGGCCAAUUCCGUAACAAGCUCACCUGCCUCACCUGUUCCAAGACCUCUACAACCUACAACGCCUUCAUGUAUCUUUCCCUGCCCAUCCCUUCGCCCUCACACGGGCGCGGGCCGGUCAGCCUGCAGGCGUGCCUCGACGCCUUUGUUAAGGAGGAGAUCCUGGAAAAGCAGGACGCUUGGCAUUGCCCUAAUUGCAAGAAGCCGAGGAGGGCGACAAAGCGGCUCAGUAUCUCGAGGUUGCCCAUGGUACUGUUGAUCCAUCUCAAAAGGUUCAGCUUCAAAGGACCCUUCACGGACAAGAUCGAGACGCAGGUUACCUUUCCCCUCACGGGGCUCGAGUUGAGCAACUAUGUGCCCUCACCCCUCCCUCCCUCCUUGGCAAGGAGCGCAGCGAGGGAUGUGCCCAUCUCCCGUUCGCAGCAGCCUCCUUUCCUCUACGACGUCUUCGGUGUAGUGCAUCACCAUGGAUCUCUCGGCACGGGACACUACACUGCCUCGAUCAGGAAUGCAGGGGGAGAGUGGUGGUAUGCCGAUGACUCGAGGGUGACGGGAGGGAAGGGACUGGCGGAGAGGCAGAUGGCGAGUAGCUCGCCGUAUGUGCUCUUCUUGAGGAGAAGAGGUGUGUAG